AUGUCCUUCUCAAGUCUUGUCCAGGAUCUCUCUUUCAGAGACACCCCUAACGAUCGACGACCAGCGGGUAGAGCAACCUCUUCAGUCUCGACGGUAGAUGACAAAAGAUCGCAUGUGUCGCGGGCGAUGUCGUACGCAAGCACCUCGGCGACAAGUGUCAGCAUUUCUGGAGACAUCUCAAGUCAAUUGCACGGAGGUUAUUCUCACCCCCUGGCACGGACAUGGCAAGCAGAGAGGCAAUUGACUAAGUCAAUGCUUAUCUUCCCUCUUUUCAUCUCCGAUCAGGAUGACGAAGAAACACUCAUUCCCUCCCUCCCCGACCAAUAUCGCCGCGGCAUCAACAGAGUCGUCCCCUUCCUGGAACCUCUCGUUCGCAAAGGCCUCCGAUCUGUCAUUCUCUUUGGUGUACCUGUUGCACCGGGCGUUAAAGAUGCUCUUGGCACUGCGGCUGAUGACCCUAAAGGCCCAGUCAUCGCGACUAUCCGUCUUCUGCGUCAACGCUUCCCUCAACUCUUCAUCGUCGCCGAUGUUUGUCUUUGCGAAUAUACCUCUCAUGGCCACUGCGGAAUUCUGCGAGAUGAUGGCAGUCUCAAUAAUCAGCUAUCUGUUGACCGCGUGUCUGACGUCGCUAUUGCAUAUGCUCAAGCUGGAGCUCACUGUGUGGCUCCUUCAGAUAUGAACGAUGGUCGCAUCCGAGCAAUCAAGCUCAAGUUGAUUGAGGAAGGCAUUGCGCACAAGGUGGUAUUAAUGUCAUAUGCAGCAAAAUUCUCUGGCUGCCUUUACGGGCCCUUCCGAGAUGCGGCCGGCUCAGUGCCAUCAUUCGGGGACCGAAAGUGCUACCAACUACCACCGGGAGGUCGGGGCCUUGCCCGCAGAGCAAUUGAAAGAGAUAUCGGCGAAGGUGCGGACAUCAUCAUGGUCAAGCCUGCGAGCCAAUACCUUGAUAUCAUCAGUGAUGCAAAGGAAAUUGGCAAGAACCUGCCGGUCGCUGCAUACCAAGUUAGUGGAGAGUUUGCUAUGAUUCACGCUGCUGCCAAAGCUGGGGUUUUUGACUUGAAGGCGAUGGCAUUUGAAGCUACGGAGGGAAUUGUGAGGGCUGGUGCAACUAUCAUCGUGAGCUAUUUCACUCCUCAGUUCCUUGACUGGCUUGAGUCAUAG